AUGGAGCCAUUCCAUCCAGUUUCUAGGCUGUUUGCUUCACGUGACAUGAGAAUGACCAUCCAACCUAAGAAUAUUCCUUUGAGAUGUCGGACGCCCCCACUCCCAAAAAUCGGUCGGACGCACUCGCUCCUUUGGCUCCCAACUGGCGCGCGGUGGGUGGGCUGGGUGCAGCGGCGCGAGCUCGCGCAGGAAUACAACCUCCGAGAUGGCACUGACUCUAGGCUCCUGAAGCUAACCGGCAAGCCUUACACAGCCCGAGAUGCCUACGCCGCGCUUGACUGCACACACGACUCUCCAGAUGUGCACGGGCGUCGCAUUUGGGGGACUCGUGUGCCGAACAAGGUUAAAGUGUUCACCUGGUUGUACUUCAAAGACAGGUUGAGUACGAGAGUUAAUCUUCACUCUAAGCAUGUUGUGGAUGAUGACCACUGCCAGCGUUGUUCAGCAUCACUUGAGGACCGACACCAUGUGUUCUUCGCCUGCUCGGCGAGUGCAGAUCUCUGGGGGGAAAUUGGACUAAGCAAUACAGCUUCCCUUUCUGAUGCUGAAAUCUGGAACUCCAAUGUUCCUCCCGGCCUUGAUGCAAGCAUUUGGCCCUUCAUCUUGCUGACAAUUCUGUGGCGAUUGUGGGAUGCAAGGAACGGCGAAAUCUUCAGGAACAAACCUCUAGCAGCCGUGCUGUAA